UUGUUUCCUUAUUGGUAACAAAUGAAACAAUGCUCCAUUCAGACUCUAACAGAGAGUUUGAACCAUGAAGAUCUACUCCGACAUGCAGCGCUCUGCUCUCAUAAUCCUGACGCUCAACAGCUUCUGUGCCUUCUCACAAAUUCCCCAUGAAUUUGUCAAUGUUGUGGGCUGCUUUGUGAACGGCACAACUGAGGUGCUGUUUGAAUUUGAUAAUGAGGAGAUUUUAUAUGUGGAUUUCCAAAAACAGGACAUUGUGUACACUGUGCCCAGACUUAUUGGUCCUGAUCCAGAUAAAAUUGUGGGGCAGACCUAUGCGAGAAUACUAGAAGAUGCUGUGACAAAUAGGGAACUAUGUUUAGGUAUAACUGCUGUCGCCGCAGCAGAAGAGAAAAAUCCACCAGAAGAAAAAGACCCCCCUGAGAGCAUCCUCUACCCUACAGAAAGAGUUGAGUUGGGAGUUGAAAACAGCCUCACCUGCUUUGUGAAUCAUUUCUACCCACCUGAUAUUAAAGUCAGCUGGACUAAAAAUGGUCGUCCGGUGUCAGAAGGGGUGUCACUCAGCCGAUAUUAUCCCAAUAAUGAUCAGACCUUCCACCAGUUCUCAACCCUGACGUUCACACCGAGGGAGGGUGACAUGUACAGCUGCACUGUGGAGCACUCAGCUCUGGACAGCCCUAAGACAAGGAUCUGGGAACCUGAAGUGACUCCUCCCGGUCUUGGACCAGAUAUUUUCUGUGGAGUGGGUCUGACUGUGGGCUUGUUGGGAGUUGCAGUUGGAGUAUUUUUCAUUGCCAAAGGACACCAUGGAUAAUAAUAUGAAUAUAGGAAGAUUGUUAACAUUCAAAAGGAACACAUUAGACUGCACCCAUUCAUAUUUAAUGAAUUACAAACACUGUAUAAUCAUCAUGUAUAUCCUAGCUUAAAUAUGUGCUUUAUAUUCUUAAAUAAAGCAUAUAUUGCAUAUAUAUAUUCAUGGAAAAUGUAAGUAUGCUACAGGAUAUCUGUUACUACUACAUUUAUUUGCGUAAACUUGCAAAAAAUGCAUUAUAAAACCUUGUUUGUUCUUAACACAACAUUAUAAAUAAAUCAGUGGAGAUAAA